UCAAAACACAAUGUGUUAUUUCAGGGCAAAGACAUUUCAGGGCACAGUUUCAUGGUUAUUUCCCUUUCUUUAUUAACUAGGACACCUACCAAUCCAAAAUCUUUUGUACUUUUGUACAAAAAAGCGAAAAUCAGAAACAGAGCCAUGUUCUAAAAAAUAACUAACUAACUAAACGCAGUGAUCCCGUCAGAGGACAAGCUACAGGGCAAAAACAUAAAAAUUAAAAAUGGAAUAUUCCGGUAGACGCAACCGCAGAGGGCGACCUCGAUCACGGAUACCAAACCAACAAGUUCGUUUUGCCCAACGCCCACCAACAAGCAACAGUUACAACGGCUUUUGUAGCUUCUUCAUAUUGGCCAGCUUGAUCGCGAUGAUUUAUCUGAAGCUGGACCACCAUUGUAAGAUUUGCAGCAAGAAAUACGACGGGCUCGACAUUACAAAAAGCAUCAAUGAUAUUGCGGUAAUGGCAGUCAACAUUUCAAGAUUAAAAGCAUCUUAUACCGAUUUAGAAAAAUCAAUUACGAAGUUUUCUGGGGAUAUUCCGAAAAUUGAAGGUCAAAUCGAAAUCUUAGAAGCAUUAGCUAACACUAUGGAAAGAGGUGAUUCCAUAUGGAAUCCUAAAACACAUCUGACCCUGCCCAAUGUCGAUGUGUUUCUAAAAGAACCUAACACAAAAAUUACAGAAAACCCAUAUAUUAAGAAAAAUGUGACGGAAAAAAUAACACAAUAUAAUAUUACCCCUACGGAUUGACUAGCAAAUGAUAGUUAUUCCAAAAAUGUUACCUCAGUCAGAGAUGCAUGUUUUGGAGUAUUUUAAGAAAUAUACUUAAAACGACCUUAUAUACUUACUAAAAUAAUAAAAAACAUUGUGCAACGUAA